UUUUUGUGUCGUCCCUCUCUCUCCAUUGGCUCCCGGUGAGCUGUGCGCGCAGCGCUCACACAGCAGAAGCCGUCAAGCACAGUGCGUGCAGCCGUCUGUGUUGAACCAUCCCACGCGUCCCGCCACUGGCCGGACUCCGCUUUCCCACGCUGCUCCGAGGACUGCGAAAGACACGAUGGAGAAAAUGAGCGAGAUCAACGGACACGCGUUGCCAAAGUCGGACUCCACCGACAAGAUGAUGAAGAAGAGCGCACAGAAAAGGUUCUUGGAGAAGUCGACGGUGUGCCUGAGCAAGAACCUGCUCGUUAUCAUGACGGUGUCCGGCGUGCUGGUGGGCGUCGGUCUGGGCAUGAUGGUCCGCAACAUGAACCUGACCAAAGCGCAGAUGACCUACUUCGCCUUCCCCGGAGAGAUGCUCCUACGGAUGCUUAAGAUGAUCAUCCUGCCGCUUGUGGUCUGCAGCCUCAUCUCCGGCGCCGCCAGCCUGGACACGCGCUCCCUGGGCAAACUGGGUGGCAUCGCGGUCGCCUACUUUCUGGUGACCACGCUGAUCGCCUCGAGCAUCGGGGUGGCCCUGGCGUUCAUCAUCAAGCCCGGCGUGGGCGCGGGGGGGCUGAACACCAACAACCUGGGACUGGAGAGCAUCACCAACGACAAGGAGACCGCCGACUCGUUCCUGGAUCUGGCCAGGAAUUUAUUCCCAUCAAACCUGGUGGCCGCUGCUUUCCGCUCCUAUGCCACAGACUACAAGAUGGUUGCUGUGGGGAACGACACUAAUGGGACCAUCCUCUAUCAAAAGGUUCCUGUCGGUUCAGAAAUAGAGGGAAUGAACAUCUUGGGUCUGGUUUUAUUUGCCAUGGUGUUUGGUGUGGCUCUGAAAAAGCUGGGAGAGGAGGGAGAGGAACUCAUUCGCUUCUUCAAUGCUUUCAAUGAGGCUACCAUGGUACUGGUGUCCUGGAUCAUGUGGUAUAUCCCCUUUGGCAUCAUGUUCCUGGUGGGCAGUAAGAUUGUUGAGAUGGAAGAUGUAGUUCUUCUGGUCACCAGUCUGGGAAAAUACAUUUUUGCUUCGAUCUUGGGCCACAUCAUCCACGGAGGCAUCGUCCUGCCUCUCAUCUACUUCGGCUUCACACGAAAGAACCCCUUCAGUUUCCUGUCAGGACUCAUCACACCCUUUACCACUGCCUUCGCCACCUGCUCCAGUUCCGCAACUCUUCCUUCAAUGAUAAAGUGCGUUGAGGAGAAUAAUGGUGUUGACAAACGAAUCAGCCGUUUCAUCCUUCCCAUUGGAGCCACAGUUAACAUGGAUGGGGCAGCCAUUUUCCAGUGCAUUGCUGCGGUCUUCAUUGCUCAGCUCAAUAAUGUUGAUCUGAACGCCGGACAGAUCUUCACCAUCCUGGUAACAGCAACAGCCUCCAGUGUCGGCGCAGCAGGUAUCCCAGCUGGCGGCAUCAUCACCAUCGCCAUCAUCCUGGAGGCCAUCGGCCUGCCAACCAAUGAUCUAUCCCUCAUGCUGGCUGUUGACUGGAUUGUUGACCGUACCACCACUGUGGUGAACGUGGAGGGUGAUGCUCUGGGUGCUGGAAUCCUCCACCACAUCAACCAAAAGGAGAUGAAGAAGAAGCAGGAGCAGCAGCAGCAGCAGGAUGAGGAGCUGGCGGAGGUCCGGGUGGAGGCAGUGGCAAACGGCCAGGCAGAGGAGGAGACCUCGCCACUAGUAAUGCACCAAAUCAAAGGUUUAGAGGGAACGCCGGAAGCUAUCGAAUCUGUCCUGUGAACUCAGCAAGACCUUUAAACAAUUCUGACAUUGUUGCUGAGGGGACACAUUUCUAACUCAGUGUCCAAUGAAAAAAAACAAGGUCUAUAAUGUUUCAGUUGUGAAGGAAAAUAGUGCCAUAGUAACAGCAUUGACAGUAAACAGUGUACUUGCUGCUGCUGUUUCAAAAUUUGGUCACUUAGACUAACGUCUCAAUAGUUGGAUUUCCAACCAAGUGUUUAAAUGCAAUUGGGAUAUGAUGGAUGUGAAAAUCAUUAACCUUGAAAACAAUUCCUCAGUUUUGCAAAAACAUUAUUUUAAUUUUUACUCAAAGCAGAGUUUUUGUACUUCUUAAUCUUUAUGAAAGCAUUUUGUGGUAAACAGUAAUGGAAACACACUGUAAAAUAUCUUUAAACCAUUCCCAGAAAUGUCAUAGUUCUGUAUCUGUGUCUAAUGCGUGAUCGGAGAUGCUCAUAGCCCUGAUUUUGUAUGUCAGAGCAUUAUCCAAUUCAUUUCUUUGUUUUUAUCUUCAGACACCAAAUACAGUGACAAACUAUAAAAAUUAACUGUUUUCCAAAUUCUGACUAGUUCAAAUAUCUGCAAGGGUCUGUCAUAGCUUGUAGUUUCAUGUUCAGGAAAGUCAAUGAACUCAACUGGGGGAGACCAAAUUCUCUCUUUCUAUCGAAGUCCGAAUGAAAAAGAAACAAGUUCCCAGGUUGAAACUACUGUUCACAAUCCGGAGACAUGUUUACAGGAUGCUCCCAGUCUUUUGUUUGCUGACCAUCAGUUGACAAUGUCAAACAUUAACCCUUCAAAUGAAAGGUUAAGAAUUUGGCAAAUUUUUGGACAAUUUGCCUCAUGCAACAUGUUGACCAAGAGUCCCUAGUGACUCAGCUGGCUCAGUAUGGUAAGUUAAAUGCUGGACCAAUGGCGAGUAAACAUACUCAUAGUAUGUCACUGGAAAACCCCUGUCUAGUCCGUUUAUCCCAAAUAAACAUAAUGUUGUGUUAUUUAAAUGGUUAUCUAAUCCUCUUAAAUAGCCAAACAGAAACAUUAAAAGCCAGGAAUAUGACCAGACGUCAUCUCCCAUUUCAUAUCAGCAUUUUAUAAUCGUGUCAGCAUAACUUUGUGAAGACAGCAGGUCACUUCCUUUACAAAUCCUCUCCAUUAAUAAUAGCGACACUCUGAAGACCCAGUCCUCUCAGCUAACUCUCUAAAGUUGCAGUUAUGCACCAAGGAGUUUGAAAAGCAGCUAGUGUGUUUUGAUGUUUCUUUGCUAGUUCGCCAGCUAAAGCAGUGUUAACAUGCAGCUGUCAAUUAACUAUGACUAAUUCUCUUAUUAGUUUAUUAUGGUAAUGGUUAUAUCAGUUUUUUUAAGACCAACCUGAUACUUUGGUUGGCAAGAUACUAGAUGUAUCUAUGGUGGAAAACAAUGAAUCCCAGUCAAAACCAGAACAGUUAAGCUCAUCUGUUCAGUCCUGCUGAGAAAGCAGAGUAAUAACUGGAUUAAUACCAUUCUAAGCCAAAAGUUGAAGACCGCUAUCAUGGCUGGUGGAGUUCUAAAACCCUGCUGUACGUUAGCAUGUCUGUUCUUUUGUUACCUUGUCUCAAAGAUAAGGUUUUUCGUUAGAUACCUGAAAUAAGGUCUGUGGUUAACAUUUUGCCAUUCAUUUUUUAAUUCAAUGUAAAAGUGGCAUUGGCUUUUUGUCCAGGUAACAAGGCUGAUGCUUACUGUGCAUUCACAUGCAUUUCCAGAUUUGUGAAGCCAUAGUUCCCGACUUCAGUGUGUUUAAAAUAAUUUGUUUUUUAUGUUAUAAAAUUAUGUUUAUUUGUUUAUAAGUGAUAAUGUCUGCAACUUGGCAACUCAUGUUGUUUAGACUUAUGAUGGCAUUCACGUGAAUUUUCCCAGUUGGAAACACUUUUUUUGGAUAUUGCUACACAACUUGAAUGCUCAAUAAUUUCCAGGUUGGCACUUUAGGAUCUGAUAUUGCCAGUCAUUGACAGAAUUACAUAUGGUCAAAUAUUUGUACUGUAAACACACUGGUGAGACAUCAUAAACACACUCCAGUCCCCCAUUUAUCCAAGAACACACAUUUUACCUGUGGUUGUCAGUGUAGUUGUCGAGAUUCACUCAAAAAGCCUGGUCAUAUGUUUACACUAACACUGAACCUAAACUGAAAUGAUGAGUUUGCAAUAUACUAUAAUGCCGUUCUUUUGUGAAUGCAUUCUCUGACUUAGUAGAGAUGUUUCUCAGUUCUGUCUCAAAGACAAAGCAUGCAUCAAAUUAAACUUCAUUGGAAUUGGUUGUUAGCAAACAUGAAGUUUGCUAAUGCUUGUAUUUGAAUUGUUGAAUUGUUCGGUGCAACCCACUCCCUGUCAGAAUCCAUCAAUCUUACCACUGACAUCUUCAAUCUGUGGGAUAAACUAUUAGCUGUGGUUGCUCUAAAGGGAACAUUGGUCAUUGCCAUACUGGUGGCUUGCUUGAUGGGAUAUUUUUUAAGUGUGCAGUAGGCACUGCUCAAAAUAACUGACAGGUGUUUUCCCUUGAUCUAAGGAUACACGUCUCCUUUUAGGACACAGGAUUUGACUGAUAGGAAGAGCCUGUGCUGCCCUCUAGUGGUGAUAGGCAUUAAUGUGAAACUAUUUUUUUUUAAGGGUGGUUGCAUCUUAGAGCUGUGGUGUCUUUACAUUUUCAGAUGAUAUAGCUGAACGUUAUCAGUAACAUCUCCUAUUUAUUUGAUCCAUUAUUAUUUGGAUGGAGGAGCAGUUGAUAAGGCCACUUCAUUUCUCACCCUUUUAGAGCUGAAGGAUCUCUGUGUAUAUGAAAUUUCAAUCAUGUUGAUGUCAUUUUAUUUCUGAGUAACUCAUUAUGAUGUGGUGGUGCUCCUUGUCUUUUGGAUCAUGCUGCUGUUAAGAUGGGGUAAACCAGUUUGUCUGAACAUUUCUUUUUCUUAAUUUCAGACUUUUCUAAGCUAACUACUGCUCUAUUAACCUAAACUGAACUGUAUGUGUAGGUUCUGAUGAGUUUAUCUGAUACAAUAAUUACAUGCAUUGUGCGACAUAUAUAUUUGAUAUUAAUUUAUUGUAAUUGUUUUAACAUUUUGUAUUAUUUGUACUUUCACCUUGGAACACUUUACCUUGGUGUCAACAUUUUUAAAUGAUCCUACCUGAUAACAAAUUGUUGAAACAUUGUUUAAUUUGUAAUGUUUUUAAAUGAAUUGCCUUCUACCUUGCCGGUGCCAUGUCACUGUCUAACUCUUUAGUGCUGUCUCAAUGCUCCCUCUGUCUGUCAACAUUAAAAGUGGUUCAGUAAAAUGUUUCAUGCAACCAAAAUGUGA